AUGCGAACCACACGCAAGGUCUCUGUCUGGCCAGUAGGCCUGGUUGGUGGGCGACGUUAUGAACGUCCGUUGGUGGAAAAUGGCAAAGUCGUUGGUUGGUACACCGGCUGGAGAGCAGACAGGCCUUUUGCCAUCGACAUGGCAGGAUUUGCUGUAAGCCUUCAAGUCAUCUUGUCCAAUCCAAAAGCUGUAUUUAAGCGCCGUGGAUCCCAGCCAGGGAUGCAAGAAUCUGACUUCCUAAAGCAGAUAACCACUGUUGAAGAACUGGAACCAAAAGCAAAUAACUGCACCAAGGUUCUUGUGUGGCACACUCGGACAGAGAAGGUUAAUCUAGCCAACGAGCCCAAGCAGCGCCUGGACACGGUGAGGAUCGAGGUGUGAACAGGAGCGGCACCGGCCCCUCGCCGCCCGUGCGUGUGGAAGGGGACGCUGGCGGGAGGGCUACAGAGCAUUCAGGUAUUGUCCGCUUCACUUCAGCACAACAGCUUUAUUGACAUCUGAUGGACAUCUGUUAAACAGAGCUUGCCAGUUAACAUAAGCUAAUCGGACGGUAUAAAAUGUGUUUUUCUUCA